AUGUUUAGCACAGGCGGCGAUGAACUCAACGUAAACUGCUACUCGCAAGAUGCACAGACACAGGCGGACUUGAAGUCGAGCGGGAAGACUCUCGAACAAGCACUCGAUGCGUUCACGCAGACGACGCACGGUGCACUGAGGGCGAUCGACAAGACGCCAGUUGGAUGGGAGGAGAUGGCGUUUGAGCACCAGGUAACCCUAUCAAACUCAACUAUCGUUAUGGUCUGGAUAUCGUCGCGAAAUGCGGCUGCGGUGGCUGCAAAGGGACUUCGACUUGUUCACGCCCCAUCAGACUACUUCUACCUCGAUUGUGGCGCAGGAGAGUGGAUUGGAGGUGCCAUCGGGAACAGCUGGUGCGACCCUUUCAAGACCUGGCAGAAGGCCUACUCCUUCAAUCCUCUGGCCAACUUGAUUGCUGCUGAGGUUCCAUUUGUUCUUGGCGGACAGCAACUUCUGUGGGCCGAACAAUCUUCGCCAGAAAAUCUCGACAGCAUUGUUUGGCCUCGUGCAGCUGCAUCUGCAGAAGUCUUCUGGACAGGCGCUACUCUUCCUGACGGUAGCAGGCCGAGUUCAACAUCAGCACUUCCUCGCCUUCAUGACCUACGAUACCGGAUGGUUCAAAGAGGUAUCAGGGCCAUCGCUCUCCAGCCACACUGGUGUGCUCUCCGUAACGGGGCAUGCAAUUUCUAG